AUUAAAUUGAGGAAAUAAAUUAUGUCUAUGUGGUGAAAUAUUUUUCUAAUUUUCUAUAUAAAUUUGUCAUUUAUCUAAAAAUAGAUCGAACCAACAAAAUUCAUCUGCUUUUCUUUUAAAUUAGCUUAAAAAAAUAAAAUAAAAGUGACAAUUAUUUUAAAUUUAUAAUUCAAGUGUUAAAUUAUAAAUAAUUAAUUGAAAAAUAAAAAAAUAAAAAUGAAUCAUUCGUUUGGUUCAUCAACUGGAGACACCCUGUGCCCCCUUGGUUUUCAUCCCCAAGUAAGAUGGCCAACAAGGUGCAAAAGAUGCUACAGAGAUUACAAGGAUCAUUCAGGAAAAAGAUCAGGUGGACUCAAAUCAGACUUUGCAUCAUCAACACCAUCACUGUUCAAAUGGGAAUCAUCACCAUCAUCAUCAAACAGAUCAAGCGAGAGUCCAGAGAAAAAAAGAACAUGGUCUUCAACAUCAAAUUUAACAAAGGACGAUGUAACUGUUGAUAAAUAUCGUAAUGAUAAUAAUAGCUUAAUAAAUAAUGAAUGGAGUAAUUCAGCAGUUGAUGUUACAACUUGUAAUAAUGAUGUAUCUUCUAAAAUAAAAACAAGACCAAAAAGUUAUGUUGAUACUAAAAAUGAUUCAUCAUCGUAUCAAUCAACAUUUAGACGUCAUUCUAUUGAUGAUGCUGCAAUAUGUAAAAAUCAAAUAGCUAAUAAUAAUGAUGAUUCAUCAAUUGAUAGACCACCUAAAUUAAAAAUACGUCAAGUUAUUGAUAAUACAUCAAAUUCAAAUGAUAAUAAUGUUGAAUUUAUUGUUCAGGUAAGAAAAACAAAAGAUGAAACAACAAAAUCAAGUGGUAAAAAUGAAAUUGAUAAAUUAAAAGAACAACUUAAUGAAAUGAAGGCAAGAUGUGAAAGGGUUGAACGUGAAAAAAGUGAAAUUUUAUUUCGAAGAUUGGAAACUAUGGAUACAGUGUCCUCGAAAACAGCAAAAACAACUGAAAUGACGAGACUUCAAAAAUCCCUAAAAGAAUUACAAUCUAAAAAUGAAGCCUUGAAUGAAGAAAAAGUAAAAUAUAUUACAAGAAUAAAAAACCUUGAAAAAGAAAAUGUAACGAGAAAUAUAAGUGGUAAAAAUGAACGAGAAAGGACAAUUUGUGAGGAUCUCAAGUCGAAGCUCAAGGCUGCUGAGACACUUUGUGAAAAUCUUAUGGAUGAAAAUGAAGAAAUGAAAAGAGAAAUGAGAGAUUUAGAAGAAGAAAUUUAUGAAAUGCAAGAUACAUUUAGAGAAGAACAAGCAGACGAGUAUACAAACUUGCGUAAAAAUUUAGAUCAGUCAAAUAAAAAUUGUCGUAUAUUGUCAUUUAAAUUACGUAAAAUUGAAAGAAGAGCUGAUCAAUUGGAAAAUGAAAAAAGUGAUUUAGAAAGUAAAUAUAACGAGAUAUUGAGAAUUCAAGAUGUAUUACGAAAAAUGUCACGUGAUUUAAAAACACGAGGAUUAACUAAAAAUUCAGAAUUUACAACGAAAUUACAAUUAAAAAAAAUGCUUGAAGAAGUAGAAAAAGAACUUGGGGAUGCAUUUAGUGGUUUGGCAAAUGUAAUUAAUGUGGAGAUGGAAAUGUCGGGGUCAAAAGGACAAGAUACCAGUGUUAAAUACGAUAAACUUUGUAAAGAACAUGAGCUAUUGCAACACAAGUUUGACAAUGCAAUGAAAGAAUUAAAUGACAAAGCAACAAUAAAAUCAUCUGAUACAAAUAAACAUGAAUUACAAUUACUUAAAAAAAAAUUAAAUGACAUAACAAUUGCACGUGACAAUGAAAAAAAAAGCAGUGAAAUUGAGAAAAAAAAAUUACACGAUGAUAAUGAAAGUUUAAAAUCAAAACUGUUGUCAUUAUCUGCUGAAAAAUUAAAAGUUUAUAAUGAAGUUUUGCAAUUAAAAAAAGACUUAGAUAACGCAAAAUUGUCGGAGAAAAAUAAUUCAAAAUAUGAACAAACAAUAAAUGAUUUAAAAAAAGAAUUAAACAAUGAACAUGAUAAAGUUAAAAAGCUAAAUGAUGAGUUGUUAAUAAUAAAUGAACGUGAAAAUAAAUUAAUGAAAACUUAUUCGACAGUUGAACAGUCGAAAUUGAUAUUUGAAAAUGAUUUAAAACGUGCUAAGGAAGAACUUGAUAAUACAAAAGCAACAAUGUCUAGUAAAAUAACAAAAUUAACAAAUGAAAUUAAUGAAAUUAAAAAAGACAGAGAUAAAUAUAAAUGUCAAUAUGAGGAAGAAAAAAAAUUAAAAGAUAAUGAAAUUGCUAAUUUAAAUAAAAAAAUUAUAUCGUUGGAAAAAGUACAUGUUGAUUCGAAAAUUGUUAAUGAAAUUAAACAAAAUUAUGAUGAAAAAAUAACAAUUCUCAAUGACGAGCUAAUGAAAGGUCAGGAACUUUUUGACAACCUUCACAAAAAACACGCAAGUCUCCAGGAUGUUAAAAGAAAAAUCGAAAAUGAGAACAAAGUAUUAAACAUAAAAGUUGAAGCAUUAAAAAAACAAUUGGACACAACAUCAGAGAGUCUGUCAUCAGUAAUAAUUGAACAGAAAACAUGUGAAUCUGAUUGGAAAAAGGAAAAACAAAAUUUAGAAAAUAUGAUAAAAGAAAAAGACAGAUUAAAAAGUAACAUACAACUUGAAGAUUCACGUGAUGAAGUCACUCGAUUGACCAAAGAAAUUGAGUCCUUGAAAAUUCAGCUGGAUGACGUCAAAAAAAUUAAUGAUGACUUGUCAAGUAAAUUAAAUGACUACAAUUCAGUUACAAAAAUUCAACGUAAUUUAACAGCUGAUACAACAGCACUUGACAAUGAAUUACGUAAAAAUCAAUUAAUGCUUGCUGAUGCUGUAAAAUUACGUAAAACAGAUUUAGCUGAAUGUAAAAUGCGUUAUGAAAAUCGUAUCAGAGCAAUCAACGAUGAAAUACAAUCAGUACAAAAUCAGCUACUACGUUAUAAACGUGAAAGAGAUACAUAUAAACACAUGCUAGAAGGUGCACAAAAAACAAUCGGUCAAUUAAAAUCAACAACAAGACAAAGAAAAAAAUCAACAAAUUCAAUUGGUAAAUCAGAUGAUGAUGAAGAAUCAAAUGGUACAAAUGUAUCAACACUUGAAACACAAAUAAGUAUCAUGGAAGAUGAAUUGUCAGAGUGUCGUCUUGAAUCGUCAAAACUUAAAACAGAAUAUGUAUCGGAAAAAUCUGGAUGGCAAAUUAAAUUAUCAGAAAUGCAAUCAAGAAUAAAUGAGCUGGAAGAGGAACGUAUACUUGCAAGUGGAAGAACAAAAAUACCUGGUAUUAGAUCGAGAAUUGAAUUGGCCUGGCAAAAGGAGAGAGACGAGCAACAAAGAUUAUUGCAAGAAACUGCAACAUUAGCUCGAGAUCUUCGUCAGACACUCUACGAGGUCGAGAGGGAACGUGACAAGGAGCGUCUCGAAAAUAAAAGACGUCAUGAACAAUUGAAGAAGAUCUAUGACGAAGAAAAAGAUGAAAAUAACAAAAAAUUAGAAGAGCUUCAAUGUGAUCUUCUUGAACUUCGUGAUGCACAUGCAAAAUUACGUACAAGUAAUGAAAAAUUGAGACGUGAAAAAGAUCGUCAUGAACGUGAGCGUGAAGAAUUAAAAGAGAUAAUAUCAAAUAAACGUCGUAUAGAACAAAAUGAAACUAAAAAUAUGAACAUAUUACUUCGUAAAGUUGAUGAUUUGAUGAAACAUUAUCCAGAAUUAUCACGACAUCAUGAUAGUAAUAAUAAAUUACCUGAUAGUUAUACUCCAACACCACCGAGAAGAACAAAAGGACCAAAAUCAAGAGAAUCAUCACCGAUGCAUGAUGAAUCAUUGAGAGGAUCAACAAAUAAUUUAAGUGGUAAAAAUGAAAAACUUGAAUAUACAAUUGCAAAAUUAAUUGAAGUUGCAAAUGAACUUCGAGAGUCCAAAAAAAUCAUAAAUAUUCAUGAUAAUAAUGCAAGUUCAUCAAGAAAAAAGUUUGGUAAACGAUCAACAUCAAUUGAUAAUGACAGUGGUAAAGGAUCAACAUCAUCAUCAAUUAAUUCAAAAGCAAAUCUACAUAGAAAAAGUUUAUCAUUAGAACAAACAUGUGGAAAAAAUGAUCAAACAAUAUGGGGAACAGAUAGUAACAUAUCAAGUAUACAAUCACUUAAUUCAGAUGUUGAUCCACGUUAUUACAGUAUGCAGAGAGAUUCAAGUGUUGACAGCCGAUUGUCAAAUAACUCAACAAAAAGUGAAAUGUUACAACGUGAUAAAAAACACAAUAAAAAUAUAAUAAAAAAAUUAACAACAAAAUUAAAAAAAUCAUCAAGCGUUGAUGAUCCAAAUAGUUCCUAUGAAUUUUCCGGUUCCGAAGCAAGUAUGGACGAGCAAAAACAUGAAAAGAAAAAUUUCAAAAAAAAAUUAACAAGUAUGUUUAGUUUUGGAUCAAAGAGCAAUGGGCUUGACAAAAAAUUACAAGACAAUAGUAGACCGUCAUCAAGAAUGUCAAAUGUGUCUAAAAAUUAAUAUUACUAUUCAUCAAUCAUCAUGGAUUUCAUUAUUACAUAAAAUAUUAUAUAUUGUGUAAGUUUUAUUGUAUCGAGGACAUUUGAAAUUAUUUGUAUCAACCUAGUCAAUGCCAGAUUAUAUUUAUUUUAGCAUUUAUUUCUUUGUUUUUUCCUUCCUUCCUUUCUCCAUAUAUCUAUAUUCUCA